CAAGUUUCAACUUUCAUUUCCUACGUCAGCUGUUGCCUGUUUGGGUGUGAAUGUGAAUUAUUACUUUGUGUUCUUAUUUCUUGAACUUCAAUUUGUAAUUACCAAUGCUUAUCAUUCCUGAAUAAUGCGUGUAUUGCGAAUCAAGUGAUUUGUUUACUUACAAAACUUGUUCCUAUAGAAGAAAAGUGCUUUCGAAUGGACGGUCGUCGUGAACAUGAUUUCCUUGCACAAGUUUUUGUUUGUGAUAUUUACUUUAUUAAUUAAUGAAUGCGUGCCACGGUCUAUCGAAGACGAUGAGUCCUUUAUACAGAAUCCGAAAUAUACGAAAUAUGAGGAUCUGGUGACUUUAUUUGAUAAGUUACAGACAUCGUACCCGGAACUUGCAAAAGUUUAUUCGAUCGGGAAAUCCGUAGAAGGACGGCAGCUGCUCGUGAUACAGAUCAGUGAAGGUGUAAAGAAUGUGAACCCAGACCGGCCGUCCUUCAAAUAUGUGGCCAACAUGCACGGAGAUGAAUCAGUUGGUCGUGAGUUGAUGAUAUAUUUGGCCCAAUAUUUGCUACUGAACUACGGGAAAGACGAUAGGGUCACAAAACUCGUCAAUACUACUGAUAUUCAUUUAAUGCCGUCUUUGAACCCUGAUGGAUUUGAAGCUAGUAAAGAAGGUUCGUGCGAGUCCCUCAGCGGGUAUGUAGGCAGGAAUAACGCAAACAAGAAAGACCUGAACAGAGAUUUUCCAGACCAGUUCGACAAAAACAAGUCUAAUGACGACGAGUACUUGUUCGGAGGCAGACAGCCGGAGACCGUGGCGCUGAUACGAUGGGUUCUGUCCAAGCAGUUCACUCUGUCUGGAAACCUGCACGGUGGAGCGAUUGUUGCGAGUUACCCUUAUGAUGACAACAGUGGCAAGGAGGAUUGCUGCAUCGAGAGUCAAACGCCUGAUAAUGCCCUGUUCAAACACCUAGCUGAAGUGUACGCGUCCAGACAUGAAGAGAUGCACCGUGGGGAUGUGUGCUUGCCGGAGAAGUUUAAGAACGGAGUCACCAACGGCGCAUUCUGGUACUCUGUGCAAGGUGGCAUGCAAGACUUCAACUACCUCCACUCGAACAGCUUUGAGGUUACUUUCGAAUUGUCCUGCUGCAAGUAUCCAGCUGCAGACCAGCUGCCGAAAUUCUGGCAUAGAAACAAAGAUCCUCUUCUGGCGUUCAUUGAGCAGAUUCAUAUUGGAGUUCGAGGCUUUGUGCUGGAUGAGGCUGGAGUGCCUGUCAAAAAUGCUCAAAUCACAGUAGAAGGUAUCAACCACUCAGUGAGGACAACCGAGUAUGGCGCUUACUGGAGGAUGCUUCUACCGGGACAGUACAACGUCACUGCAGUGGCCGCUGGGUACUCGACUCCUCCGCCGGUAACUGUGACGGUAACGUCAGACGUACCCACCAUACUGAACUUCACACUACACCGUCACCCGCGCACCCUGACCGACGGUUUACCAAUCGGGGGCAAAUCAUCAGUACGUAGGAUUGCUCGUCAUGAAAUCGACGGUCUAUCCCCAGAAGACUUCGUCCACCAUGACUAUGUGAAGAUGGAGAGGUUCCUUCAGGACUUGGCGGCGUCUUACCCGGACAUCACCCGGUUAACCAGCAUUGGGAAAUCCGUUGAGGGUCGGGAACUGUAUGUUUUGGAAAUUACGGAGAAUCCUGGAAAACAUAUACCUGGCAAACCCGAAUUCAAGUACAUCGCAAACAUGCAUGGCGACGAAGUGGUGGGUAGAGAGUUACUGCUGUUGCUAGCUAAGUACCUCUGCCAGGAGUACAAGAGCGGAGACCUCAGAGUCCAGAGCAUCCUCAACAGCACCAGAGUUCAUCUGAUGCCGAGUAUGAACCCUGAUGGAUACGAAAAGGCGAAAAUAAGUGACUACGAUAGCUACAAAGGCAGAUCAAAUGCUCACAAAAUCGACUUGAAUAGGAACUUUCCGGAUCAAUAUGAAUCCACGAAGGAUAAUAAAGUACCAGAACCGGAAACUGAAGCAGUCAUGAACUGGUCUCUCUCCAUACCGUUCGUACUGUCCGCCAACUUGCACGGGGGAGCGCUCGUGGCCAACUACCCUUAUGAUAACAACCCUAUCAUGAAGAGUGGCGUCGAGAACCCCUCGCCUGACAACUCGGUGUUCGUGCAUCUCGCUCAUGUGUACUCUGAUGCUCACCAUAAAAUGCAUCUUGGGCGCCCAUGCAAGGGCAACGAUAGAAUGGAUGACAGCUUUCCUGGAGGCAUCACCAAUGGUGCUAAAUGGUACGUGUUAGCGGGUGGCAUGCAAGACUGGAACUAUCUUCACUCCAACGAUAUGGAACUAACGCUGGAGCUCGGCUGCUACAAAUUCCCUCCCGCGAACGACCUGCCCACUUACUGGGAGGACAAUAGAGAGGCCUUGCUGCAGUUUAUUGAGGAGGUCCACAAAGGCGUCAACGGAUUCGUCCACAGUCACAUCGGCCAUGGACUAGCAAAUGCGACCAUAUUCGUAUCUGGCAUUCAUCACACUGUAAAAUCUGCUAAAGACGGCGACUACUGGCGUUUACUCACUCCUGGCACUUACAACAUCACUGCCAGCAAACCCAAUUACGAGAGUGUAACGGAGCAAGUAACCGUACCAGUGAACGGUUCAGUGAGCCUCAACUUCACUCUGAUGCCCGACGACCCACAGCACUGGUCUUCAGCAUACGACUUCCGCGUGCUGGACAAUAUAAUGAGAACCAAGUAUCACUCGCCGCUGGACAUGUACGCGGAACUGGCCGAGCUGGAGAACAAGUAUCCCGAGAUCGCGGAGUUCCGAGCCGGGGACAGCAUGAAGACUGCCACGCUGCAUGAGCUCAAACUUACCGAAGACAGCGGCGCACCAGAAGAAACCAAGUUCCAUAUUGCCCUGGUAAGCAACCUCUACGGAUCGCAACCUUUGGGCCAAGAGAUACUCCUGAACUUCGCCCGUCACAUCUCUACUGCAUACAAAAUUGGUGAACCCAGGCAUAAGAGGCUGCUGCAAAACGCUGUCUUACAUUUCAUACCCAACCUGGACCCGCUUUUUGGAAAAAUGCUGAAAGAAUAUGACCACUCAGAAAAAUGCGAUUUCGAAGCUUUAGAAGAAGAAUUCGGCGACAGCCUUUACAGUUAUUUAACCAAAAAGGAUCAAAACCCACUAUCAAACUAUACCAGGGAAAAAGCAUUCGUAGGAUUAUUAGAGUCUGAAAAGUUCGACUUGGUCAUAGAGUUGGCUUCUGGAACUGAGGAUGUGACUAUCCCAAACUUUUCAAAAGAUAUCUAUGAAAAAAUCGCUCUGAAAUAUCAGGACAACAGAAUUCCAAGCAGUCAGUACAAAUGUAAAGAAACUAAUAAUGUGGGGCAUGAGAACUUGUUGGAUUUGGUGUUUGAACGGUUUAAUGUCCCGAUCAUUUCUCUUGGACUGAGUUGUUGCAAGAUGCCGUUAGAAACUGACAUCGCUUGGGUUUGGAGGUAUAAUCUGCGCGGGAUUAUGAAGAUCAUUGAGCAGGCUACUACUGGUGUGGUAGGCUACGUGACCAACGAACAAGGGGGUCCGAUGCGCAGUGCGGUAGUAGCAAUCGCAGGCUCGGCGCGUCAGUACCGCGUGUCACCUAACUUGGCGCACUACCGCGCCUUGCUACCUCCCGGCGACUACCGCGUCAUCGUGCGCUGCCACGGAUACCGCGACCAGAUGCUCAGUUGGCGCGUGGUGGAAAACGUCAUAAAGCAAAAGAACGUAACUUUACGUCGACUCAACGCUGAACAAAUACCACACGCGCAGUUCGACAAGCUAGCAGUGCAAGUAGACCCUGAUAGCAUCUAUAUUGAAGGUUUAACGUUAGACCACGACAGCAAUCCAUUAAAAGACGUGAAAGUCAAAGUGUAUCCACAGCACAGCACUAAAAUGUUAUCCAGCAAUGUGAGCGAUAUGUUCGGCCGGUUCGUAGUCACCUUGCCGGUCAGUUAUACGGGCAAGAAUGUGAUGGUUUCUGCCACUAACGACGGGUUUAUUGCGAGAAACCGGCUUAUUACGCUAAACCCAAGUGGGAGUGAGACACCUAACGUGCUGUUGAAGUUAGAGGAGGACGACUAUAUUUUGGGGAUGCCCCGUCUCGUUUUUGUUAUGUUAGCAGGAGUAGUAGGUGUGGCUCUAGUGGCCCUCGGAGGCUGGUGCUUCAGCUGCAGGCAGAAGACGAAGGACGCGCGGAGGGAAUACCUCUUCACACAGAUACCCUCCGACGACAAGCGCCCGCUCUGUGAGGACGCCGCCUUUGAUAUAGUCCGAAAGCCUUACUACGAUGAGGAAGAACUGCCUCCCACAGAAACAGAUUCUGAAGAAGACAUCGUACUUCUGAGCUCGGAGAAGAACUGGAAACAUGAAGAAGAAUAACAUUGGUUUUUACACAUUUUGAGGAGCUAGCGAACAAAAGUGUAUUCGUCCCAGUGAAUCAUAUAAUAAACCUAUUAUAAUGAUGCCUUCAAAUGAAGAGCGAAUCUUCUUGACAGAUUGGUGAUCUUAUACUCUUCCAUCUUUAUAUUUCAGUCAUCAUACAAAUAAUGUGCACUUUUCCCCAUGAGCUCCUCAUUAAACUAUCUAACUUAAAAACUUAAACUAACAAAGUACGUGGAGUUUACGUAUUUUGGAAGACCCUCUAUUUAAUGAGGAAUAAAUUAUUUUUGACAUAGGCAAAUAAUGUAUUGCAUCUAUAAAUUGCCAAGAAACUAGCCCGUUUAUGCGUGAUGAAACUAGUAGGUAUAAAAUCAUUGUUCUAUCAUCAUUUAUCACAUUAGUUGUACUAAACAUAGGUAUUGCAAUGAUACUCGUUAGGCUGGUCGCCCAUUGGCCUACCGCCUGAGCGAUCACUUCUUUUCAGCUCUAAAUAUCUGAGUUUAACACUAGAAACACGGCAAAAUCUCCCUACCUGAAAGAUAGUUGCCGGUCAAAUGACCGCACUCAUCCAUACUUAAUAUUAUUAAUGCGAAAGUGUGUCUGUCUGUCUGCUACCUUUUCACGGCCAAACAGUUUAACCGAUUCUGGCGAAAUCCGGUAUAGAGUUAGCUUAUAG